AUGAAGGCUAAUCCAUUCAUUCGCGUUCUGUUUCUAAUUACUAAUACAAAAAAAAUGGCUGAAUCGAUUGGUUACGAGGUGGUGUUGAGGAUUGUUGAUUUGAUGAGAAGGGAAUGUUGCAAGGAUGAUUCGGAUGGAAGGCAUUUCAAACCAUUAAUUCGAUUCGAAAGGUUUCAUCAGAAUGAAGUGAACCCUGAAUCAAAGAAGAAACGAAAGAGAGAGGAAAUGUUGAAGGAUGAGAAGGCUAAUGUUAUUGUCGGAUUGAUUUCUGUCAGCGUGAGAGAGGAAUUGUUGAAGGAAUUAUGGCUGUCAUCUUUGAAUGCAGAAUUGAGUGGAGGAAUGACUGUAAUCACUCACAAUUCAAGCCUUUUGAAUGAUCUUCCUGCACAUUCAGAGUUGAUUCAUGAUCAAUUGGUGGAAAGUUUAUUUAUUGAGGAGAAUAGUUUGGCAAUUCAUUUGUUGGUUGAGAACGAAAAGGAUUUGGAGACUUGUAGAAUGGAAUUGGGAGCACUCUCUGGAUAUAGUCAAGAUUUUGAAUUGUAUGAUAUGGAUUGGUCGUCUGAUCUUUCGAAUAUUUCUUGCGUGAAACCAGAGAUUAAGAAAACAAACCUAAAUGGAUUCAUUUCAGUUGGGAGAAAUAAUCAACACAGCAGCCAAUCAAAUAUUCUAGAUAGGGAGAAUAGCAAGAAUAAGAUCAAAAUUUGGAUUUGUUUUUUGAAGAAUGGACAGUUAUUAAGCUCUAAGGAUGCUCUCGCUCUUCUUGAAACUGUAUCUGCAAAAGACAGGUUGUGUGAAAUUAGAGUUGAUAACCAAGAUACGGUGAUUGUGAAAGAGAGCUCUUACAAUGACAGUAAUGAAAGUAGAAAACUCUUUCAUCUUCUCUUUUCCAAUACGGAAAAGUAUGGAAUUAAAUUCACUAACUUGAAUAGCACACAUUCAACACUGUAA